GUGGCAUGAUACCGGCAUAGUUGUCUCACUGAAAUGCAAAUCCUCAUUUUUAUUUUUUCUAUUUUCAGGCCAGCUACGAUUCCAAACGCCGAAAUUCCCCUCGGCGAUCGUGUCAAUAUGGGUUUCUCCAGCACUAUCCUUGUCAAAGGCCGUGGCCAUGCCAUCGUCACAGCCACAGGUAUGAACACAGAAAUCGGAAGAAUUGCCAAGCGGUUGAUGGAUUCCGGUGAAAAUAGCAAGACCCCUUUGCAAAAGGCAUUGGAUCGCAUGGCGCUUGUUAUGCUUGCUGUGGCGAUUAUAUCCAUCAUCAUCACCUUUGGUGCCUCCAAAUUCCAUAUCAACGAUGAAGUCAUCCUAUAUGCAAUCUCGUUGGCCAUUGCUGUUAUUCCUGAAGGUCUUGUCGCCGUCGUAACCCUUACCCAAGCGUUUGGCGUGCGAUCUAUGGCCGACAAGAAGUGCUUGGUCCGACGACUGGCCGCCCUUGAAAGUCUUGGUGCGGUCACCAAUGUAUGCUCCGAUAAAACUGGAACCUUGACACAAUCCAAAAUGGUCUUGACUCGAUUCUGGCUCCCUGCUGAUGGUCACUUCAAUGUAUCUGGACUUGGUGUUAUACCAGAAGGCGAUAUUACUGCACAGGACUCCACCACCCCUGUGACUCAAGAAACCAUGUCCCCAGCCAUGACGCAGCUCAUUCAGAAUACCUCUCUCUGCAACACUGCUACCAUUCGUAGAGAUAAGGAAAAUGGAGAGUGGAUUACCCAAGGUGAUCCAACUGAAUCCGCUUUGCAAGUAUUUGCCCAUAAAGUUAAAAUGGGUAACAAGAGACUUACCAGCGAUGAAAAUGGGACACCAUGGACAUUGUUGGCCGAAUAUCCAUUUGAUUCCGGUGUGAAACGCAUGAGUGUCAUUUACAAGAACCCCACAGGUCAGGCCGUUGCUUUCCUCAAAGGUGCCACCGAACGGGUUUUAGCUUGCUGCAGCAGUAUUCAAUUCUCGGACCAAGAAGGUGGUGUAAGGCCCAUGUCACAACAAGAAAUGGAAGACAUUGUAUUCCCACAAGUGGAAAACCUCGCCCGUGAUGGUCUACGUGUCCUUGCCUUGGCAACCAAAUCCAUGAAAUUCGAAAAGGGCGAUAUUGGACCCGACGACUUGACCCGUGAAGAUGUUGAUGUUGACUUUACGCUCAUUGGUUUAUGCGGCAUUUACGAUCCACCUCGCGUUGAAUCAAAGCCUUCCGUCCAAAGCUGCCAUGAAGCCGGUAUCACUGUUCAUAUGUUGACAGGUGACCAUCACGCUACUGCCACCGCCAUCGCCAGAGAAGUGGGUAUUCUACCCGAAAAUUACGGCCGCGGAGUGUCCAAGGAAGGAGGAGUCGAUCAUGUUGUUGUCGGAGAAGAUAAAUUGGUCAUGACUGCCAUGGAGUUCGAUAAGCUCAGUGAAGAAACCAUUGAUGCCCUGCCAAGUCUUCCUUUGGUCAUUGCUCGCUGUUCACCAGAUACUAAAGUCAAGAUGAUAGAAGCUCUUCAUCGCCGUGGAAAAAUUGCUGGUAUGACUGGAGAUGGCGUGAACGACAGUCCAAGUUUGAAAGAAUCCGAUAUUGGUAUUGCCAUGGGACAGACUGGUUCCGAUGUAGCCAAACAAGCCGCCGACAUUAUCUUAACCGACGAUAACUUCUCUACCAUUGUCCUUGCCAUUCAAGAGGGUCGCCGUGUCUUCUCCAAUAUUGCUCGCUUCGUUGUCCACAUGAUUUCCGGCAACGUCGCUGAAGUGGUUCCUCUUCUCAUUGGUCUUGCCUUCGUUGAUGUGGAUGGUACCUCGGUCUUCCCUCUCUCACCCGUUCAAAUUCUUUUCAACAAUAUCCUGACCAGUUCACCUCCUGCUAUGAGUCUCGGCUUGGAACCUAUCUCGGAAGAUGCUAUGAAAGUGCCUCCUCGUCGCCGUAGUGAGGGACUGUUCGCCUGGUCAAAUGUCAUUGAUAUCCUCUUUUACGGUUUUAUGAUCGGUAUCAUCUGUCUUUUGAACUUCAUCGUCGUUAUUUACGGCUAUGGCGAUGGUAACCUUGGCCAAUACUGUAACGAAGGAUUGAACCCUGGCUGUGAACAGGUCUUCCGUGCUCGUGGUGCCUUGUUCGCCGCUUUGACCAUCCUUAUUCUCCUCCAUGCCUUCACGUGCCGAGACCUUAUUCACUCUACCUGGAACUGGAGAUAUCUGAGAAGAAACCAUAACAAGUACCUGUUCUACAGUUUCGGUAUUGGUUUCGUCCUAUUGCUCAUCACCUUGUACGUACCCGUUUUGAAUACCUCCGUGUUCAAGCAUUCCCCCAUUGACUGGGAAUGGGGCAUGGUCGCUGCAUCUUGCGUAGCGUAUAUUGCCUUUGCGGAGCUUUACAAGGCUGGUAAACGGGCGUUGCUUCGUAGACGUGGAUAUCGCGUAUAAAGCCUCUACGCCGAAGAAAAAAAGGCAUUGUUGCCUCACAAUUAUAAAUAUGUCCUGAAUCCCCCUCCCUCACUGAUUCACCCUUCACAUCAUUUUGUACUGUAACUUCUUACAUAUUAUAAAUAGCAAAUACAUACAGCAAAUUACGUUUUUAUAAACCAUUUAUUACACUUUACA